CGACUGGUGAUGUUUCAGCCCUUGAGGAACCUGUUGAUUGUUCCAGGGAAAGGAGAAACGGAGGUGGUGGACAUUUCAUAGGCCUACUGAUAAGUCACUGAAAGGACAUAUCACAUUUCUGGGGGUCAACAUUAAUGGCUGACAUCAUGGAUACCCAGCGUGCCCUGGCGGCGGUGGAGCGUCUGCAGGCUCGUCUGAAGGAGAGAGGGGAGGCGCCCACAGAGGAGAAGCUGAACCUGCUGAAGAGCGUCCUGCAGAGCCCCCUCUUCAGACACAUCCUGCUGAUGCAGGACGCCAGCCAGCAGGGACUAUACGCACACAGCAGCAGACAGGUCAAAAAGUUGCCACGAUCUCAGUCUAUGAAGGACCCGGUCCUCCAAAAUGGCCAGGGUGCUGAGACGUGUUUCUCGGCAAAGAACUUCAAAAAUCACACUGGGUCAUUGAACACCAUAUGGACCAACAGUGAAAGCAGGACACAGGACGUGUUUGACGCUGCCAUCCGCUCUUUGGCACAGGGGCGAUAUGUGGGCACUGUUGAGCUGAUGAAGGGUCCGUCUGGCCUGGGAUUCAGCGUGUUGGCACUUGGAACUGAGAAGAAAACAGGGCUGGGCAUCUUUAUAGAGGAGGUCAAGCCAGGCGGUGUGGCAUACCGGGAUGGUCGCUUAAAGGCAGGAGAUCAACUUCUGGCAGUGGGCAGGCAGCUCUUUGACUCCUCAGUGUCCCAGGAGCAUGCCGUUGGAGUUCUGCAUAAUGUCACGGACAAGGUCAAGCUGACCAUUGCCAGAGGACCCAUCCCUCACCUGUCCACCCCACGGAUGGUCAGGACAUUCUCCUCACCCAAGGACCUCUCAGAGUUCUCUGAACCGCAAAGUUUAGGUAAUAUCCAAUUGAUAGAGCUGGAAAAUGAUGGCACAGGCCUUGGCUUCGGAAUUGUGGGGAGCAAUGGUGCAGGCAUCAUGGUCAAAACCAUCCUCCCUGGUGGACCAGCUGACAAGGAUAAGCGCCUGCGCAGUGGUGACAGAAUCCUGCGGAUUGGCGACACUGACUUGGCAGGGAUGGGCAGUGAGCAGGUCAUGCAGGUGCUGAAGCAGGCCAGCUCAAGAGCAAGAGUCCCCCUGCUCAUCGCCAGGGACCAUGCAGCCAACGACCCCCCUCACCCUGUUACUCAGCAACAACAGAUGAGAGCAGCACAGGUGCGGCAACACUCCGAAGAUUCAAGUGGCAUUGUUGUCAAGAGUAUAGAGAAAGGCAGCGCAGCGGACCAGAGUGGCCAGGUGCACAUUGGAGACCACAUCUUAUCGGUGAAUGGGCAGCGGCUGCAUGGCUGCACUGAGCAGGAGGCAGCGGAGCUGCUGAGACAACAGGGUCAGACGGUGUAUCUGGAGAUGCUGCGAAGGGUCACCACACCACCAGCACCACCCCUCCCAGGCAUCCCCAAACCCCCUCGCGUCAUCAAACCCAACCCCUUCUGCAGGGAAGCCAACUUUAACAAUGGCCAGGCAACACUAUCAGAGGCUGAGGUAGUGCAACUGAAAAACAAAUGGCAGAACCAUCUUGGCAACCAGUAUGAAGUUACGGUGGUGCAGGUGCAGAAGUUCUCCGAGUGCAGUAGUCUGGGCGUGAGUCUGGAGGCCCGGGGGGGGCAUCACUACAUCUGCUCCAUGCUGCCGGAGGCUCCGCUGGGCCAGAGCGGCCGCGUCCACGUGGGGGACGAGCUGUUGGAGGUCAACGGCAUCUGUGUUGUGGGAGAGACACAUAAAGAGGUGGUGAGCCUGCUGAAGGAGCUUCCCCUGCACGUGUGCCUGGUGGCCUGUCACCCUGCCCCGCCCCCAGCACAGGAUGGGGAGCCGGAGCAAGAGACGAAAAUGACCCUCAAAGAGCUUCUUCAGGAAUUCAAUGAAAUGGUAUUUUUUUUAGAUGCUGAGAAGGUUCAGGAGCCGUCGCCACUGGCCAUGUGGGAGACAGCGGUCCAGACAUACGAGCUGCAGAAGGGGGAGGCAGGCCUGGGCUUCAGCAUCCUGGACUACCAGGACCCAGAAGAUCCUUUAAAAACAGUAAUUGUGAUUCGUUCACUUGUUCCUGGUGGAUUAGCUGAAAGAGAUGGCCGGUUGUUACCUGGCGACAGACUGAUGUUCGUCAAUAACAUAGACCUUCGGCAUGUCAGCUUAGACCACGCUGUUCAUGUUCUUAAAGGCACCCCCUAUGGCAUUAUAAGGAUCGCUGUGGCCAAACCUUUACCAUGUGGUUGUAAUGCACCACAAGUUCCGACUGAGACUGUCUGCGUGGACCAAGAAACCAAAACAGAGGAUGACAUCAGGUCUACCAUAACCAGCGACACCAUUGCAGAGAGUGACCAACAGAGUCCCACAGUACAGUCAACCCCUGAGGAGGAACGUCUGGAAAGGAAGGCCAGCGGUGAGCCGGGAGGCAUGGAGACAACCGGCAGGCGCUACACUCCCACAUCUCCCACAUCUCCCAGCAGCAACUUCCAGAGGACCAUCACCAUAGUCCGGGGCAACACUAGCCUUGGUAUGACAGUGAGUGCUUUAAAGGAUGGUUCAGGUAUGAUAAUCCGUUCAGUGAUGAAUGGGGGCUCGGUCAGUCAGGACGGGCGUCUCUGUGUUGGGGACGGCAUUGUGGCUAUUAACGGAGAGGGGGCUACCAAUCUGAGCAAUGCUCAGGCCAGAGCCAUGCUCCGCCGACACUCUCUUGUUGCUCCUGACAUCAGUGUCACAUAUGUUCCUGCUCCUCUGCUUGACAAGUACAGAGCUGCAUUCAUCCAGUCAAACCCGGUGGACCCAUACGCACCAUUUCUGAAGAAGACACCCGAGCCCAUCAGAACACGGACCACAGACAAAACACAAAGGACGGUUCAGAGAAAGGAGAAAGUGGAGGACAAGGUUGAUGGAGAUAAAGAGGUCAGGCAGAGCAGUGGAGAUGUUCAGGUUGAGGUGAAGACAAAGACUGAUGAGGUCAAUGGCAGGCAGGCAGUAGGGAAGGGUAGGGAGGAAGGAAGGAAUGAAGAAAGAGUGUGGACAGAUGAGGGGGAUAGUGAAGGAGGAGCUCAACCACUAAAGCAGUGGAGUAAGCCCAGAAGGGUUAGAUUGUUCAGACAGUCAGGCAAGUCGCUGGGCAUUAGUAUCGCUGGUGGAGGAAAGAUGGGAAAUCGCCUUAGCAACGGGGAGAUGAGGCGGGGAGUCUUCAUCAAGCACAUUACAGAGGACAGCCCUGCGGGCCGGAAUGGCACCCUCAAGAUUGGAGACCGCAUCCUAGAGGUGGCAGGAGUAGACGUACGUGAUUCCACUCAUGAGGAGGUGGUGGAAGUGAUCCGCCAAGCAGGAGUCAGUGUGGAGUUUCUACUACAGAGCCCGCUAGAAUCUGCUAAGGUGACAGAGAAAACAGAGCCAUCUCCUGAGACACAUUGUGAGACUGAUAGUAAGGAACCCGAGAACCAGAGUAGCCUUUUCUUGCGUCUCUCCCCAGCCAACCCUUUCACCCCAACCCCAUUUAAGAUGCCCCAGGCUGUCGGGGAGAGGGUUACAAUACGCCCCCCCUGCGCUGCACCCCCUCCUCUCGCUGUGAAGCGCAUGCUGCAGAGAUAUGGUAGCAUGCCGGGGGAGCUGCUGAUGGUGGAGCUGGCUCAGGGCAGCACGGGGCUGGGUUUGCAGCUGGUGGGGAACAGGCAUGGUUCUCGGUCAAGCACGAGCAUCUACGUGGGGGAUAUCGACCCCGAUGGAGCUGCUGCUGUGGAUGGACGCAUCCAUGUGGGAGACGAGCUGCUCGAGAUUAAUGGCCAGAUUCUGUAUGGUCGCAGUCUUCAGAAUGCCAGCAGCAUCAUGGGCAAGGCAGCGGCUACCGUGAGGAUCAUCUUGGUCAGGAAUAAGGAGGCACUGCAGUACCUUGUCCCUGGACCAGAGUGUGAUGUGGGCCCCGUGGUUUCCCCGUCCUCAGUAGAUGAGGUUAAUCUGAGAGGUGUCCUGCAGCUGCAAGACAGAUCUACCCUGAGCUACAGCCAAAGCCCUGGGCCAGACGCCAAUCAUACACAUCCACCGCCCCCCCAUGAAGACUCCUGUUGGCCUCCUCCUCCUCCCCCAUGCUCCCUCUCCUCUGACCCCCUGAACUGUCCCAUCAUCCCUGGCUGUGUGACCACCGUCGACCUGUGUAAAGGACAUACAGGUCUGGGUCUCAGCAUAGUGGGCGGCUGCAACACUGCACUGGGUGUGAUUUUGAUUCACGAGGUGAACGAGGGGGGAGCAGCGCACAGGGAUGGCAGGCUGUGGGCUGGGGAUCAGAUCCUGGAGGUGAAUGGUAUAGACCUGCGGAUGGCCACGCAUGAGGAAGCUCUGAGCGUUCUGCGGUUGAGCCCGCAGCGUGUGCGGCUCUGUGUGUUCCGCCAGCAGGGGGGGUGCAUCCACAAGCAGCUGCAGGAGGAGCUUAUGAGCUGUAGGGGGCAGCGUGGCUACACGUGUGAGGACGUAUGGGACCUAAUCACAGUGGAGCUGAAGCCUAGCACUGCACAUGGCCUGGGGCUUGGAGUGGCAGGGAAGAGGGAUGAAAAGGGUGUGUUUGUGUCGGAGCUGGUCAACGGAGGAGUGGCAGAGACAGACGGCCGGUUAAUGCUUGGUGACAAAAUGCUGUCUAUCAAUGGCGAGGAUGUUCGCGCUCUCGGAGAAGACAGUGUCAGACCUCUUCUGCAGAACUGUACAAAGUCUGUGGCACUGGAAUUGGCGCGCUUCAAAGCUGUUGAACACCAACAGUUUGGCUAUCAGCGGGGAGCACUGGAGUCCUUGGGCUUCAGUGUAUCCGGAGGGGUAGGCAGUCUCCAUGGCGACAUCCAUAUUUCCUGGAUGGACCCGGAUGGGCUGGCUGCACAGACACAACAAUUGAAAGUGGGAGACCGCAUUGUGACCAUAGAUGGCAGGCCCACAGAGGCCAUGAGUCACGCUCAGGUCGGGGCUCUUUUGAGGAACGCUCCUGGGACCAUCAGUCUGCAGGUGGCCUCGGGGGUUACUGACAUUAAGAAUGAAGACAACGAAGGCCACACAACACAUAAUCACUUAAGUCCUCCCCAGUGCAGCUCCAUAACGCUCCACAGAGGUGCUUCUGGUCUGGGCUUCAGUAUUGUGGGUGGAAUGGGCAGUCCCCAUGGAGAUUUGCCCAUCUACGUGAAAACCAUCUUCCCCAAGGGAGCGGCGGUGGAGGAUGGCCGGCUGAAGCACGGGGAUCAGAUCCUGGCUGUGAACGGGCUGAGUCUGGUGGGGGUGACCCAUGCGGAGGCGGUGGACAUCCUGAAGAGGAGCAAAGGCCAUGUCGUCCUCACCAUCCUCUCAUAGACGCACACCUCCUCCUGAUCAUGUCACAUGCAUGAAAGUGACAGUACACACACAGCUGUGGAGACAAUCCUAUCACAGUCACAGAUAUCAGAUAUUUAAUUUCAUACUCGCUUGACUGCAUAACUGUGAAAUUGACAUUUUCAUUAUGUCUUACACAAUCAUUCUGAAUCUUUGUAACAACGUGGUGAUGUACCAUUUAUCGAGUGGGUAAUUCAGAUUCAUUUGAUUACCUGUUGUGUUUGCAGACAUAGAGACACAGGGAGACAGAGGUGUGAAUCCUGUCUUGCCAAUACCCUAUUAGUCACUAUGGCCUUCCAUUAUGGAUGAUUAAGCUUACUGAUUUCCUCCUGGCUCCUGGGUGGAUCGCCCCCAUUAAUCGUUACUUGUUAGCAUCUUCUCGUUACUUGUUAGCAUACCUAGACUUCGCUCAGCACAUUCCGAAAUGAGAGAUUUGUUCCCCACGUCUUUUUUGGAGGCAGAACUUCCAAAGCUAAUCUUAAUCUGUUGUUGCUUUGCCACAAUCUCCUGACAUGUUCAAAUACAUAGUAAUACAUACUGCAUUCCUUCAUGCUAAUUGUUGUCUUCAUUGAUUCAUUAUUAUUAGUUAUGUUCUACUGUACA